AUUACAUUGCGCGGACGCCACGCGCCAUCACGCGAGUCGAGGCGGGAAGUGCGGUUUCGUAUUUCGAACGAUUCACAAUUUCAAAAUUAGAAACUUUUUUUUUUACUUUGGCACUCUUAAAAAAAAAUAACUCGCGCCUUCUUGUGAAUUUCACGUUUAUUUAUAAUCUGUGCUGUGAUAUCGUCUGUGUUUUUUUUUUAAAUAUUUUUCUUUUAAUAUUUAAAAUGGCUAACAAAAUAUAUAACGUAGGCUCUGAAAACGAAGAGAAAUAUGGAAGCAAGCACUUUCAAGUAUUAAUGGCUAUUAUUGUUUGCCUACCAAUAUUCUCGUAUGGUACCGCCAUGGGCUGGAUCUCCCCUCACAAAGCGCUUCUCAUGGGCGAAGACACACCAUCGAACGCCCCCGUCACGGAGACGGAAGUAUCCUGGAUGGCGUCCAUCAUGUUCAUAUUCGCGCCGAUCGCCGUCUUCAUCUAUGGCAUUGCUGCUGACAAGUUCGGAAGGAAAAAUGCUCUUCUCUGCUGCUCUAUUCCGAUUGCUGUCGGCUGGAUGAUAAAGUUAAUAUCGGCGCAUCCAAUAGCCCUGAUCGGGGCCCGGGCGUUCAUUGGCUUCGGUGCUGGAGGAGCCUUCGUGGUCUGCCCCCUGUACGUCAAGGAGAUCAGCGAAGACAGCAUCAGAGGAAUGACCGGAACCUUUGUUAUUUUUUCGCAGACAGCUGGAAACCUUCUAGUGUUCAUCUUGGGUGAUUUUCUACCGUUCAACACUGUGCUGUGGAUACUGCUGGCCAUCCCCGUGGUGCACUUCUGUGUAUUCCUGAAGCUGCCGGAAACACCAUCCUACCUCAUCAAGUGCGGGAAAAAUGAAGAAACAAGGAAGGUUAUCGGUUGGCUCCGUUCGCUACCGAAAGACCAUAAGCUGGUCAACGAGGAAAUCGAUCGGCUUAUCGUUGAGCAGACCACAUGCGAGCCAAAAUUCUCUCCAAAAUUAUUAUUUUCCGACAAGACAGCCGUCAAAGCAUUCUGGGUGGCACUAAUUGUGAACUUGACUCGUGAAUUCUGCGGCUGCAUCGCGAUCCUGGUGUACGCGAGCCACAUCUUCACGGCAGCCCGUAAAGACCCUAACACCAGUAUAUCUUUGUCUCCGAACAAGCAGUCUAUCAUGUUGGCAGCUGUUCAGAUCGUCGGCUCAUUCCUGGCCUGUCAACUAGUCGAUAGAGCCGGCAGGAAGCCUCUUCUAGCGGUCACAAGCGUGGUGGCUGGAUUCAGCAUGGCUCUGCUCGGAGUCUGGUUCUACCUCCAGGGCAUCGGCGUGUUCAUGCCUGGAUGGGUGCCGAUAGCGGCGCUCUGCAUCUGCAUAUUCGCAGACGCAUCGGGACUCCAACCGUUACCGUUCGUCAUAAUGACCGAGAUGUUUAGUUUCCAGCUCCGUGGUACAGUGGCGACUUUAGUUAUGGCAAUAUCUCUGGCUACAGACUUCGCUCUACUCAGACUGUUCGCUCCAUUGACCGAGCUGAUUGGCUAUCACUUCACAUUCUGGAUGUUCAGUUUAAUAUGUCUCUCGAACGUAUUCUAUCUAAUCUUCUGUGUUCCGGAAACAAAAAUGAGGAGCUUAGAGGACAUUUACGCCGAUUUAGAAGGAAAGAAUAAGAGAAAAAAGAAAUCUGACGAAGUGGUUGAAACAAACCACGUCUAAUACUAAAAAGGAUAAGUUCCGUUGGAUAAAUCAUCGAAAGUGCAACUAUGUUUCACAUUUCACUAAUAUCGUAGUCAAUAAUCAAUAAUCUAGAACUAGAAAAUGUUUAAAAUAUCACCGAAAAUGUGGUUCACUUUAUUUUCAGAGGCUACGAUUUUUUCUAGAAAUUUCUUUAUGACUAGAAAUUUUGUUUGACAGUUAUUAAAUGUUUUUAUUGUUUAUUGUGUGAAGGACGAAUGAUGGCAGUACGUACGGAGGGUAGAGGUAAUAUCACACACAUAGUAUAAAACAAAGUCGCUUUCUCUGUCCCUAUAUCCCUAUAUAUGCAUAAAUCUUUAAAACUACACAACGGAUUUUGAUGAGGAUUUUUUU